AUGUCAUAUCAAAGAGAACUACACAUUGCCCAAUUAGCCGUUCAACGCGCUACCCUUCUCACCCAGCGAGUUUUCCAUGAAAAAGCCAAAGGCACCCUCUCGAAAGAUGACAAAUCCCCAGUCACAAUCGGCGAUUUCGGCGCCCAAGCAUUGAUCAUCCAUGCCAUCAAGAGCAACUUCCCCAACGAUGAGAUCGUCGGCGAAGAAGAAGCUAGCCCGUUACGAGAGAACAAGAACCUCUCCAGCCAGAUAUGGGACCUAGUAAAGAACACCAGCUUAGAGGAUCAAAGUUCGGAGAGUGAACUCGGUGGUCCAGUUGAAAGCGAGGAACAGAUGCUGCAAACCAUUGACGCCGGCAACAGCGCUGGCGGUGCGCAUGGCAGGAUAUGGGCUUUGGAUCCCAUCGACGGCACCAUGGGCUUUCUACGAGGCGGCCAGUACGCCGUCUGCUUAGCACUGAUCGAAGACGGCGACGUCAAAGUCGGCGUCCUCGGCUGCCCCAACCUCCCAAUCGACAACGCCGCACCCCUGUCCGCAGACGUGGGAGACGAAAGCGGCGCCGGCCGCGGCGUCCUCUUCGCCGCCGUCGCCGGCUCCGGCGCAACGAGCCGACCGCUCGGCCCCGGCGCUUUACAGACGAGCCAACCCAUCCACAUGAAAUCCGUCCCCGACAUAACCCACGCCACGUUCUGCGAAAGCGUCGAAGCGAGCCACUCAGCGCAUGGCGACCAAGCCGCGAUCGCGAACAAGCUGGGCAUCACGAGGGAGAGCGUACGGAUGGAUUCGCAAGCCAAGUACGGCUCGAUCGCGUGGGGAGCCGGGGAUUUGUACCUGCGGCUGCCGGUGCGGAAGGAUUACCAGGAGAAGAUAUGGGACCAUGCUGCGGGGGAUGUCAUCGUGAGGGAGGCGGGAGGGGCGGUGACGGACGCGGAGGGGAAGCGCUUGGAUUUCUCAAAGGGGAGGACGUUGGAGGAGAACAAGGGUGUCGUGGCCGCGCCGGGGGCGGUGCAUGCUCAGGUGCUGGAAGCGGUAAAGAGCGUGUUGGGCUCGAAGACGUAG